AUGCAUGGAAGCAUUUUAGGACAUCUUCUAGUAAAUGCUGAGGUUGAUUCCAUGGGAGGAGUUAUCGACAGUGGAGGUGGUAUUGCUCUCAAAACAUCUCCUCACCGAACAGCAAUCGAGAAGGCUCAAGCGGAGCUAAGGCAAGAGUAUGAUGUCCGUGAGGAAAGGAGGAGAGAGCUGGAGUUCCUGGAGAAAGGCGGUAAUCCCUUGGAUUUCAAGUUUGGUAUUGCAACUUCACACAGCGUCCAAUCUACAUCACUCACAGAUCAGCAAGCAGAGCAUUUUCUAAACAGUGAAGUCAAGGAUAGUUUUGCUCUGACUGCCUCACCACAUGGGGACUCUGUGGAGAGUAGUGGUAGACCCGGAGUUCCUACAGUUUCUGAACCCAAUACAGCGGAUAAUCUUUUACUGUUUGAUUCUGAAAGCAAGUCAGUCGAAGGAGAAAGUUUGAGAUAUCCUAAUAGACAAAACAGGGCUGAGUCAGAACGGUCUUGCAAAGCUAAUGCCAACAAGAAUACCAAAGAAACAGAAGAUUCUGCCAUCUUUCGCCCGUAUGCUCGUAGGAACAGGUCAAAAGUAAAUCGGGAUCCAGCACGGUCAAGCUCUACGGAUAUAGUCCAGAAUCGUGGUGGUCUUGCAACGUCUGUCUCUAUUCGCAGAGGAUCAGAUUGCAUUCCCGAAGCAGCCAGUCAAAAGGAUAGGCAUACGACUUCUGUAUCUUGUCCAGUAUUUGCAAAUUCAAAUGGUACUGUCGCUCCGAAAAAUGUAGUUCCCAGCAAUCCGUUGAAUACUAAGGUGGAUGGUGGACUUGUUGUACAAGAGAGUACUGCUGGAUCAAAAACUAGUCCAUUGAAAGAUGAAGCAGACUUUACAAUUAGAAAAAGCUCUGCAUAUUUGCCUUUUGAAGAGACUGUCGAGGAGAAGGCACAAUUGGAUUUGACUAGUAUGGAGAUUGAUUCUCCCAAAGCUGCGAUAAUAGCUGGGCAGGACGAUAGUUCUACUCAAUUGAAUGGCCUAAGAGAUUCUUCGGGAGAGAAAGAAAGCUUAAAAGAUAGAGGAGCUUCAGGGACAAAAGGGUUAGAGUCAGAGUCUUCUCAUGUUAACAACUUAGAACUAGAUGUAGAUACUGAAAGAGAUCUUUACAGAGUGGACAAACUUGACUCAGAUGAUAUCUCUAUGCAUAAGGCUUCAAGAGCAGAAGGGUUGCUGAAUCAAACAGCUGGUGAAAUGACGAAAACUAAGAUUGAGGAUGAGACAGGUUGUUCGCCCACCAUUAUUAGCGAAUGUAGUCCUGUGCGUGAAAUGCAGAUGAAUUCAGUUAAAAUUGAAAAUCAAAGUUACAGAAAUACAGCUGAGCUGCAAAACGAAGAGAAAUGCUCUGACACUGAGAAAAAGCUUCAGGAUGAGUUGGUUGUACCCGAAAAUGGCAGGAAAGUUACUAGUGUUUUAGAGGACAAUCCUAGUAGCUCUUUGCAUCCUGGAAAUCCUCAGGCAUCUGUAGACGCAAGUUCCUGCAUGGUUGGUGAUAAUGUAUUGUCAGGAACUGACAUUGAAGCAUUAAAGCACCAGCCUAGCUCAGAUGGUGGCUCAAAAGUGGUAGAUACUGUGAAGGAGGACUCUAUCCUUGAGGAGGCACGGGUUAUUCAGGCAAAGAGAAAGAGAAUUGCCGAGUUGUCUUGUGGUACGGCACCAGUGGAGGUUCGUGAGAAAUCUCAGUGGGAUUUUGUCCUCGAAGAAAUGGCAUGGCUAGCAAAUGAUUUUGCGCAGGAGCGCCUUUGGAAGAUGACUGCUGCCGCACAAAUUUGCCAUCGAGUUGCUUUGACUUCUCAGUUGAGAUUUGAGGAACAAAUUCAGCACAUGAAGAUGAAAAAAAUUGCUUCAAUCCUAUCCAAUGCGAUUCUGCAAUUCUGGAGAUUGGUGGAGGUUCCUGGGGAGCUGGAGGAGAUAAGCUUGGGAACGGAAAAGGUAUUUGACUGUCAGACCUCUAAUAUGGUUCUGGAUGACUGUGGUAAUCAUAUGGAGACUUGCCAAGAAUCUAACUGUGAGAAUGGCAGAAAAUGUUUAGCUGCGGGUGUCAAGGAGUAUGCAAGUAGAUUUUUAAAGUAUAACAAUUCUUCUAUCCCCUAUCAUUCAGCUGUACCAUCAACACCCGAAAAUCUGUGCGACCCAGAAAUAUUGGAUGUAUCUAUGGUCGAUCAGCUUACAGAAGAAAGCCUCUUUUAUUCAGUUCCAUCUGGUGCAAUGGAGUUAUACCACAAGUCUAUUGAGACCCAUCUUACACGCUCUGUGAAGUAUGAACAAAGCAUGCAAGAAGAGGUUGAUACAUCAGCCUAUGAUGCUGCUGGAGACACAGAAUACAAUGUCACUGCGUUCGAUGAGGAUGAAGGAGAAACAAGUACCUAUUAUCAUCGUGGAGGUUUGGAAUGUAGCAAAUCAUUUAAUCUAGGCCACAAAAAACGGAAGAAUUUGAUGAAGUCUCACUCUGCCCGGUCAUAUGAUAUUGGAGCUGAUUUACCAUACGUCAACUAUACAGGCGGGUCUAACUCAUCGAAUUUGAUGGCUAGAAGGCCUGCCAAUAAUAUGAAUGCCGGGUCAGUUCCGACGAGGCGCGUGCGCACUGCUUCCAGACAGAGGGUUGUGAGUCCUUUUGGCUGUGCUACUGCUGGGAGUUUACCAGGGCCCUCAAAGACAGAUGCGUCUAGUGGGGACACUAGUUCUUUUCAGGAUGAGCAAAGUAGUUUGCAUGGCGGGUCAGCAGUUCAAAAAGGCACAGAGGUUGAAUCAAGAGGUAAUUUUGAGAAGCAGUUACCUUAUGACAUGGCUGAAACGUCAGGAAAACCUAAAAAGAAGAAGAAGACUCAUCUGGGAUCUGCAUAUGACCAAACCUGGCAUCUCGAUUCGUCUGUCCAUAAUGAACAGAAGGACAACUGGAAGAAGCGAGCAGAUACACAUUUCGAUAUGAACGGUCUGUAUGGUCCUCAUAGUGCAAAGAAGCAAAAGACCACCAAGCAAUUGGUAGAGAAUAAAUUUGAUAGUGCUAUUCCUCUCACUGGAUCAAUUCCUUCUCCAGCAGCUUCCCAGAUGAGCAACAUGUCCAACCCCAACAAAUCUAUCAAAUUUGUUGGAGGUCGCGAUAGGGCCAGAAAAAUAAAAGGCAUGAAGAUUUCUCCUGGGCAGCAUGGUUCGGAAAAUCCGUGGUCACUAUUUGAGGAUCAGGCGCUUGUUGUCCUUGUGCAUGACAUGGGACCUAACUGGGAGCUCAUUAGUGAUGCAAUGAACUGCACUCUUAAAAUUAAGUGUAUAUAUCGUAAUUCGAUUGAGUGCAAAGAGCGGCAUAAGAUUCUGAUGGAUAAGACUGCUGGUGAUGGUGCUGAUAGUGCUGAAGACUCGGGGACUUCUCAGUCUUAUCCAUCCACUUUGCCUGGCAUCCCGAAGGGAAGUGCAAGACAGUUGUUUCAGCGACUGCAAGGGCCUAUGGAGGAAGAUACGUUGAAGUGCCAUUUUGAGAAGAUUUGUUUGAUUGGGAAGAAGUUACAUUGCAGAAAGACACAGAAUGAUGGUCGGGAUCCCAAGCAGAUAGUACCAGUUCACAAUUCACAAGUCAUGGCUCUUUCUCAAGUAUUUCCGAAUAAUCUGAACGGAGGUGUUCUAACGCCCCUUGACAUCUGUGAUGCGCCGUCAACUUCAGGUCAAGAUCUAUUUUCAUUUGAAAAUCAAGGUCAUCCCAUGUUGAAUCAGGGGACGCCAGUGCUCCCUACUUCUGGAGCAAACCCAUCCACUCCGGGGUCUUCUGGUGUGGUUCACAGCAACAAUUCACCAACCACAUCUGGCCUUCACAGUGCUUCUGUCAGGGAUGGUAGAUUCAACAUUGCUAGAGGGUCUUUACCACUUGAUGAACAACACCGACUCCAACAAUAUAGUCAGAUGUCAUCAGGUAGAAACCUGCAGCAGCCUUCUUUAUCAACUCCUGGAGCUGUCGCAGGAGCUGGACACCGCAUGGUUCCUGGUGGAAAUGGAAUGAACAGAGGCACACCCAUGCCAAGGCCUGGUUUUCAAGGUAUGGGCUCACCAGCAAUGCCAAAUACUGGUAGCAUGCUUUCCUCUGGUAUGGUGGGAAUUCCAAACACUGGAAGUAUUCACCCUGGAGGAGGAGGAGCUUCUCAAGGAAACUCCAUGGUCAGGCCUCGUGAAGCUGUGCAGCAUAUGAUGCGGAUGCAGGCUGCUCAAGGGAACAGUCAGGGGAUCCCAGCAUUCAGCAGUUUGAGUUCUGGAUUCACCAACCAGACAACUUCUGUUCAGGCGUUCCCAGGACAUCUUCCCCAACCGCAUCAGAUGUCACAGCAGUCGCAUGUGCUUGGCAACGCGCAUCAUCCUCAUCUCCAAAGCCCAAGUCAUGCCACUGGGGCACAGCAGGAAGCAUUUGCUCUCCGUCAAAGGCAAAUGCACCAAAGGUAUGUGCAGCAGCAACAGCAACUACAGCAGCAGCAGUUUCCAGCAUCUGGUACUUUACUGCCACAUGGACAACAACAACAACCUCAGGGGACUUCUGUUUCUUCUUCUCCACAAAACAGUCCUCAGACUCAACCACCCGUUUCGCCAUCGCCCCCAGUGUCGACCUCUCCUAGUGUUAAUGCAAUGGCACAACAGAAACCUCAAAAAUCUCAGUUGCCGCUUCAUGGUCUGGGUAGGAAUCUUCAGUCUGGUGCUUCUGGAGUGAACAAUCAAGCUGGAAAACAACGGCAGCGACAACUCCAGCAGCAGUCUGGAAGACAACAUCCACACCAGCGGCAGCCAACACAAGGUCAACAGCAGAAUAAACAAUUGAAGGGGAUGGGUAGAGGAAAGACUAUCCAUCAGAACAUCACUGUUGAUCAGUCACACCUAAAUGGUCUCACCAUGGCCCCAGGAAAUCAGGCUAUCGAAAAAGGAGAAGCAGUGGUUCCAGUUAGGCCUGAUCAGCAGUCUAAUGCAGGGACUGCCACAAGCCUUAAACCGAUAGUUCCUCCACAGCAACUGCCAAAAGCAUUUCCUGGUGCUUCACCUCCGUCCCAACAACAACAGAUGCAGUUACAUUCAGACAGUAGCGUUCAAGGCCAGAGCUCACCUACAACCCCAUGUAAUAUCGUAUCCACCUCUACCACGUCAACUACACCUGCUGUUGCUCCUUCCAGCCAUCAACAUUUGUUGAUACACCAAAAGCAGCGCAAUCAAGUGCAGCCAACAGCUCAGCGAGUUGUUCAUCAUAAUCAUCUAGGGAACUCUGACUUAUCGAGGAAGUCCCUAGCUGCACGUGUUCCACAGUCUGUCACCAGUACCUCCCAAACAGCUAGUAUGAGUACGACCAAGGGUAUAUCUCAAGCGAGUAACGAUUCGAAAAACAUAAAAGCAGCUGGUUCUACUCCUGUGCCUUCUCCAAAUUCAUUGGAACCUCCACCUUCUGCCGCCUCUGUGCAAAGCUCUGAUCCUAAAGUAGCAAACAACUCCAAUACAGAUUCAGCUGGAAGUGAUCCAGUAGCAGCUCAGACGCAUUUGCCUGGUGGCUUACAGAGGCAACAGUCUCUACCUUCAGUAGAAAAUAGACCGAAGUUGCCGGAGCAGCUGACUGUACAAAAUCAGAAACACCUUGCUUCUGAUCAGCAGCCUCAGUUAGAAAAAGAAGCACAAGAACUAUCAUCUCCUAAGCCUCCUGAUACAAAAGUGGAAUGA